AUGGGCAAGAGUUCGAGAGCCAGCACUAUCAAACAAAACAACCGGAAACUCAAGGCCAAUGUCUUCGGGCCUGUCGAGGCGGCUCGUGCUGAGCGUCUACAUGCCAAGUUGGCAGAGCUCAUUGCGCAGCCCAAGCCUGUGAAGGAGGUCGAGAUGAACGACGAGCCCGUGGAUGAGGAGGCCAAGGAGGUCGAGGCUGAGAAGGAGGAGGCUGCCAUGGAGGUUGAUGAGAAGCCAGCGGCGCCAUACAAGGAGAAGGAGCGCAAGCGGAGAGGCAAAAAGUCCAACAUUGUCUUCCGCAAGAAGGGCCCCAAGACCAACAGCAAGAAGAAAUGA